AUGGACACGUUACCCACGACUCCUGCAGCUUGGACGGAAGUUGCCAAGAUAUUUGAAACACGUUGGAAUCUGCCUCACUGUGUUGGUGCCAUCGACGGCAAACACGUUGUUUUACAAGCUCCUGUGAACUCUGUUGAUGGCAAUUAUAACUUUAUGUUUGCUGACGUGGGAUGCCAAGGCAGAAUUUCAGAUGGGGGAGUUUUUAAGGCGAGUAAAUUACAUCGAAUGCUUGCAGAAAACACAUUGGGACUUCCAUUACCAGAAGAACUACCGGGGCGUAGUAUGCAAAUACCUUAUUUCUUUGCAGGCGAUAGUGCCUUUGCUUUAAGUGAAAAUCUCAUGAAACCAUACGCAGGAGACUUCGCUAAAGGAACUCCUCAAAGAAUUUUCAAUUAUCGAUUGAGUAGGGGCCGUCGAAUAGUAGAGAACGCCUUCGGUAUUUCAAGUGCCGUGUUUAGGGUCUUAAGAAGACCAAUGCUUUUGAAGCCCGAAACAGCGGAAUUGGUAGUAAUGACGACCAUCCUGUUACAUAAUUAUCUUAGAACGCAUUCACCUAAUCUGUAUGCACCUGUUGGCUUAUUAGACAAUGAAAUGGAGGGGAAUUUAAUCGAAGGGUCAUGGAGGAAAGAAGGAGAUAUGACGUCUAUGUUGCCGCUAAUAAAUGUUCCUCGAAGAUCCACCAAUUACUGUUCCAGAAUUAGGGAUGAAAUAGCUGAUUAUUUUAUUAAGGAAGGAUUUUUAGAAUGGCAAAACCAAUAUGCUUAAGAGGAUUUACUCACCGUGGCAAGUCUCUUUCUCGGCAA